AUGGCACCAAAGGCCGAAGCUCCAGCCGCCGCUGCUCCCAAGAAACAGAAGAAGAAUGCCGAGAACAUCAACUCGCGGUUGACGAUGGUGAUGAAAUCCGGCAACUUGUCCUCAUCGCAAAGAACACACCUCCAAUCAGGAGAUCAGGAGAUUGAGUACUACGCCAUGCUUGCCAAGACUGGAGUCCAUCAUUACAACGGAAACAACAUCGAGCUCGGAACCGCCUGUGGAAAACUCUUCCGCGUUGGAACCCUCGCUAUCACAGACCCAGGAGACUCUGACAUCAUCAGAAGCAUGCCAGCUGAGACCGCC